UUUUGAUAAGAGAACACUUAAAUGUGCAUUUUUCAUAAUUUCAGGUUUUCCUGAAUUCUUCCCCUUUCUAACCUCCUAAGACGCUGAAGCAAAACAGUCAAUACAAUGGUGUGAUAGUGUUCAUCCACUGCUGCUCUUCCUCCACGCCGAUUCGCUUCUCCGUCCAUCGAACCAAACCGGUUCGGUUUAACCAACCGGUUCGGUGCUCUUCACUAGUUGCGCGCGCACACAAGAACCGAAAUCCAGCUCGAGAAACGAGUGCAUCAUGCCUUUUAUUUCCAGCAUUCAGCGUCAAACCGAUUUCAACCUCUUCGAUUCCAACACUCCCAUUGUCAUAGACAAUGGCGCCUCUUAUUUCCGCAUAGGUUGGGCCGGAGAGCCUGAACCUCGUGUUAUUUUUCGCAACAUUGUGCAAAGGCCACGCCAUAAAGUAACCGGGGAGACAGUCACCAUUGUGGGUGACCAUGAUCCUGCCUUACUGAAAUACUUUGACUGCACUCGCUCUGGGCCACGUUCUGCAUUUGACAAUAAUGUUGUGUACCAGUUUGAAACGAUGGAAUACAUUCUUGAUUUUGGAUUUGAUCGGAUGGGUGCAACUACUGAGAUUGAUCAUCCUGUCCUGAUCACCGAAUGUGUAUGCAACCCAGUUCAAUCUCGUAGUAAAAUGGCAGAACUUCUUUUUGAGACUUACGGAGUUCCAUCAAUUGCUUUUGGUGUUGACGUGGCAUUCAGCUACAAAUACAAUCAACAACAAGGAGUUUGUGCUAAAGACGGUCUUGCUUUGUGUCCUGGAUUCAACACAACCCAUGUGAUUCCGUUUGUAGACGGGGAGCCUGUGUAUGAAGGAUGCUGUCGUACUAAUGUUGGUGGAUUCCAUGUGACUAAUCAUUUGAAGCAACUCCUUUCACUUAAAUAUCCAUAUCAUUUGACUAGAUUUACAUGGGAAAAGGUUGAAGACCUGAAGAUGGAACAUUGUUACAUUGCAUCAAAUUAUGCCUCGGAAGCUAGGUUGUUUCAGAAAGAACCUGAGCAAGCCGAAGCAAAAAACAGAUGUUGGCAACUUCCUUGGGUUCCACCGCCUACUGAUGAGCCUCCUUCUGAGGAAGAAAUCGCAAGAAAGGCAGCAAUUAAAGAGAAACAAGGUCAAAGGCUUCGAGAAAUGGCUGAGGCGAAGAGGUCUUCUAAAAUUAAUGAACUGGAAAAUGAAUUGCAUGGUUUAGAGUUUCUUUUGCAUCAGCUUGAACAAGUGGAUGAGAGUGAGGUUCUAUCAUUCCUGUCAGAAACUGGCUAUGUCAAUAGGCAGGAGAUAGAGUCUGCACGAAAUAAAGUUAUGCAAUCAUUACGGAAAGCUAAAGGUGAACCAAAGAAUGAACAAGCUGAAGCUGAAAAGGACGAUCUUGGCACUAGCGAGAAGUAUUCUCUUAUAAAUAUUCCUGAUGACAUGUUGACUGAAGAACAGCUCAAUGAAAAGAAGAAACAGUUGUCACUCAAAUCUAUGGCUGAUGGGAGGCAGCGAUUAAAACAGAAGCGCUAUGAAGAGGAAUUGGAACGAGAGAGAAAACAACAGCUGGAGGAGGAGAAACGCCUAGAGAACCCGGACCUUUAUUUGGAGCAAUUGCAUGCUAAAUACAAAGACCUUUCAGAAAGAGUUGACCAACAAAAACGACUUAAGACAAACGGAGGCCAUUCAAAUGCAAAUAAUCUGUCCGGUGGUAUUGGCCGUGGUGAAAGACUGAAUGCUGCUCAGAGGGAAAGAAUGCGUCUCCUGACAACUGCAGCUUUUGACCGUGGUAAGGGUGAAGAUACAUUUGGUGCUAGAGAUGAAGAUUGGCAGCUUUACAAAUUGAUGAGCAAAGAUUAUGGUAACGAUGAUGAUGAAGAACCUGAUGAAGAUGAAACAGAGCUGGCCCGCAUCUCUUCUAGGCUACAGGACCUGGAUCCAACAUUUAUACCCAAGCUAGAAGCCGGUACCAGUCAACCUGCUGAGGUGCCACGUAUGCGUCCUCUGACCAAAGAAGAUUUCCAAAUUGUUCUUGGGGUCGAAAGAUUUAGAUGUCCUGAAAUACUAUUUAAUCCAAACUGGAUUGGGGUUGAUCAGGUAGGAUUAGACGAGAUGGCUGGGGUCUCAAUAAGGAGGUUACCAUACAAGGAUGAAACCUUGGAACAGAGGCUGACUAGUUCCAUACUUGUUACUGGUGGAAGUUCUCUUUUCCCUGGUAUAGUUGAACGUCUGGAAGCUGGAAUUCGGAUGAUUAGACCACGUGGCUCACCUAUAAAAAUAGUAAGAGCAUUGGAUCCAGUCAUGGAUGCAUGGCGUGGGGCUGCUACCUUCGCCUCAGACUCACAGUUCCAUAUGCAAACUUUCAAUAGACAGGAUUAUUAUGAAAAGGGUGAAGAUUGGCUUCGCAGGUAUCAACUGCGGUAUACAUUGUAAUUGGUCACAUUAUAGGACUGUACAUUGUGUACAAUUUUCGACCAUUGUUUAGAAAGUAUUCUCAUGUAGUAUGAUAUGUUGUCUUGCUUCUUGUUGAAUCAGAACAUCAACAAAAGCACAGUGUUACACAGCAAUAGCUAAUAUUUUUAAUCCAGUGAAUAGCAUAUUCAUUGCUGUUUGCUCUUUUACGUUGGAA